CUUGUUCCCACCAUAUAUAUGUAUAUUUCUCUUUCUCUCUCUCUCUCUCUCUCCCUUCAUCAUCCACUUCGCCCCAAGACGAAGCUCCAAAACCCCUUCUCUCUCUCCACUCGGAUUCUGGGCUUAUAAUCUCUCAUUUCGGCUCUGUAUCGGUCUUUACUUUCCUCUUUCUUGAUUAUCGAAUUUCUUAAGCUGAGGUUUUUUGAGUUGAAUCUGAGGUUCAAAAAGGCGAGGGAUCAAAUUUCCUGGUGGAGGUAAAAGGGGCUAAAGUAGACUAGUCAGAUCAGAUCUAACCAUUUACGGAAUAGCUAUGUCUUUCAUUGGCACACAACAGAAGUGCAAGGCAUGUGAGAAGACAGUUUAUCCUGUGGAGCUGUUAUCUGCAGAUGGGGUUUCUUAUCAUAAAUCAUGCUUCAAAUGCAGCCAUUGCAAAGGAACGCUCAAGCUAAGCAAUUACUCCUCAAUGGAAGGUGUUCUGUACUGUAAGCCUCACUUUGAGCAGCUCUUCAAGGAGACGGGAAAUUUCAACAAGAACUUCCAGUCACCUGCAAAGUCAGCUGAGAAGUUAACUCCAGAGCUGACUAGGUCACCAAGCAAAGCUGCCAGCAUGUUUUCCGGGACACAAGAAAAAUGUGCUACCUGUGGUAAAACAGCUUAUCCGUUGGAGAAGGUGACGGUGGAAAGCCAAAGUUAUCACAAAUCCUGUUUUAAGUGCUCUCAUGGUGGAUGUGCCAUAUCUCCGUCAAAUUACGCUGCCCUUGAGGGCAUCUUAUAUUGCAAACAUCAUUUCUCCCAGCUUUUCAAGGAGAAAGGCAGCUACAACCAUCUCAUCAAGUCUGCAUCAAUCAGGCGAUCAACAGCAGCCGUUCCAGAUGCUUGAACUCCAUAUCCUCAAUUAUUAUCUAAGUGGGCUUACUUUUUUUAAGUGUGUUUCUCUAUGAUUUCUCUUUGAAAUCCAUGGUACUAAACUGGCUUACUUCUUGCUUCUUAUUUGUGCCAUUCAAUUGGCAUCUUCUUCUUCUUGUUUGAUUGAAUCUACGAAUUCAAAUUUCCACAAGAAAUGUCCUUUUGCAGGACUCAUGGCUCAUAUAAUAGAGCUUUGUUUAUGAAGAUUG